AUGUUUCUGGAAAAUUUCAAGAUCAAAGCUCCGAUGCACGAUUGGGUGCAUCAACCCAGAGUCAAGGAUAAAGCAACUCCAAAGAGCCUUACUCAAGUCAUUGCGAGAAUAGCUGACAAGGAAGAACAUGACGUUCUCCUAAAUGUGGAAAAACCCAAUACCUAUGUGUGGGAAGAAGCACUAAAGGAUGAUGUAGGGGAAAAAGCAAGUGCUGAGGCACUUGAUAUGUUACUGCUUACAACCAAGGUCCCUAUCUACGGUAUCAAUAGCAUCGAGAACGACACUGAUGAAGAGCUGAUAGACGAAGCCCAAAUCAUUUCCCUAGUCACACCAUUUCCUUACGGCAGUUCUAGUGAAAGGUUAGCAGUCUGCUGCUUCUAUACACGGUUUAUUUAA